CAUGAGCUUUGAAAAUGUGCAUCCAAAUCUAAUAAUCGAACCAUUUUGCUCAGGGUCUCAUAGACAAUUGGUAACCUUUAUUGAAGAAAAUUAUAAAUGCGAUUGUAUUAGUUUGACCGGUAAGAAAUGGCAUUGGAGAGCGCGAUGUUCUGCAUUAUACAUUUCUCAGAAACUUCCAAAAUCACACUCUUAUAAGACAAUAUUCGCAAGCUCAGUUCUAAACUUAGCAGAAUUAUUAGCACUCAGACCUGAUUUACAGUCUACCAGGAAAAUAUUAUAUUUUCAUGAAAAUCAACUGAUCUACCCUAUCCAAAGAACCAAAGACGGAGACUAUCAAUACGGCUAUAAUCAAAUUCUGUCAAGUAUGGUAGCGGAUGACGUUUACUUUAACUCUAAAUUUAAUAUGAAUAGUUUUCUUGGGACGAUAAAGUCUUUUAUUAAGAAAAUACCCGAUUAUGCUCCUUCUAAUAUCGAAAAUGAAAUUGAAAUGAAAUGUAAAGUUCUUUAUUUUCCUGUUAGUCUACCAAAUAUUGAAAAGCCUAUGGUUACAACAUCCGAGGAAGAGAAGAGCAAGGAUCCAAUUCAUUUCGUUUGGCCACACCGAUGGGAGCAUGAUAAAAAUCCCGAUCUUUUCUUCAACACCUUAUUCAAACUAUUGGAAGAAGGUUUAGAUUUUAAAGUGUCUAUUUUAGGAGAACAAUAUGAAGAGAUACCAGCCAUUUUUAAUAUUGGAAAAGAAAGAUUAAAAGAGAAAAUACAGAAUUGGGGCUUUGCAGAAAGCAAAAGUGAAUUUUUUAGAAUUUUGUCUACGUGUGAUGUAGUUGUCUCCACUGCAAUUCAUGAAUUUUUCGGUGUUUCCAUGAUAGAGGCAACUCACAUUGGUUGCCAACCAUUGGCUCCUAACAGAUUAUCUUAUCCCGAAAUCUUUCCAGAAUCCUGCUUGUACAACACGGAUACGCAACUCUUGUCGAAAAUGAGAAAGUUUUGUAAAAGACCAGAUAUCUUGCGAAGAAGAGAAAAAAUAGAAGUUUCCAAAUAUAGUUCUACUGUUUUGAAAAAGGAAUACGACGAAUUGUUUAACAAUAAAUAA